UGAACAGAUGAAUCACACACAUCUUACUCUUUUCCCCCUCUAUUAUACCUUCAUGUCUCCAAAAGUGGGGAUAGUAAAAUGCUGUAAUUCUUUCAUUUUCGUGUUAUAUUAUUUCCAGUUAUGGUGUUUCUUCGGACGGUACAGCAUAUACAACUGUCGAUAUUAUCUUUGAAACAUUUAUCAUCUAAAAUGGAUAAAGUUGGUACCAGUAUACAUUCUAGUGUGGAUGCUGAAGUAUUUGAUGUUCCUAUGAGCGUAAUUAUUAGACCAUUUCCUCCAGAUGUUAAUGAAGAGAAAGUUAAAAGUUUGAUAAAUACUUUGAACAACUCAGAAACAGAAUCUUUAGUACCACCAAUUGAUAUAUUAUGGAUUAAAGGCAGCGAAGGUGGUGAUUACUAUUAUUCUUUUGGUGGUUGUCAUCGAUACACAGCUCAUAAACAGAGUGGCAGGCAGUUUAUAAAAGCAAAAUUAAUUAAAUCUACAAUAACAGAUUUGCGGAGCUACCUUGGAAAUUCUACGCCUGAUCUGAAGUAGAUAUGGCACAGGAAAAUGUUAAACAUUUUUUUCUUUAACAAAAUAUGGCAGGACUAAGAAAUUCAAAAAUAAAAAAAUUUUUAAAUGAUGAAAUUGUGAAAGUAUAUAUAUAUAUAAUAUAUUAUAUAAAAUCUUAUAUUAAUAAAAAUUAUAUUCAAAGUUAAA